UUCAAAAUGGUCGACAUAAGGCCUCAUUUGGAGGAACACAUUGCCGCUGAACCGAAGCCGACAAUAGAUUUAUCUAAGUUGACUGACAAAGAAAGGUGGAGACUUGAACAUGAGAAACUACACGCAAAACACAAAGGCCAUGAGGCAAUGCAUGCCGAGAUGGUGCUUAUCCUUAUUGCUACUCUCUUAGUGGCUCAGAUUUUACUUGUGCAAUGGAAACAGAGACAUUUCAAGUCUUAUACUAUGGUCACAUUAUUUGGAAUGUGGAUAAUACCCAUUAUUUUUUGCAUUAGAUUAGAGUGGCAUCGAUUUCUUUUUACAUGGGUUAUUUUUUCUAUUAUUACAUCUUAUAUUGUAUAUAGAGCUACAAGAAAACCACUUCCUGGGACUACACCCAGACUUGUGUACAAAUAUUUUCUUAUACUAUAUAAACUUAGCUAUGGUUUAGGUAUAUUUGGAUAUCUGGUAAUCAUGUUCACAUUAUUUGGAUUCAACUUAGUAUUCGCUAUCAGACCUGAUAAAUCCAUGGAUUUUGGUGUAUUGGUUUUGUUUUAUGGUGUGUAUUAUGGUGUACUUGGUAGAGACUUUGCUGAGAUCUGCUCUGAAACUAUGGCAGCACACAUUGGGUAUUAUACAAAGAAUGGUCUUCCAGGACGGAGUCUAGAACCCAAUGUAUGUGCUGUAUGUGGACAAUCAGUGUACACACCAAGUGAACAUGAAGAAGUCAUAGAAAAUGCCUACAAACUCAAUUGUCAUCAUGUAUUUCAUGAAUUCUGUAUACGUGGAUGGUGCAUUGUGGGUAAGAAGCAGACGUGUCCUUACUGUAAAGAGAAAGUGGAUCUCAAGAGAAUGUUCCGUAAUCCAUGGGAAAGACCACAUGUUCUCUAUGGACAGCUUCUGGAUUGGGUGCGUUACCUGGUUGCCUGGCAACCUGUUAUUAUCAUGCUAGUUCAAGGAAUCAAUAUGGGUCUAGGUUUGGAAUAGGAGACUUGAAGACAUUCAACUUUCAUUUAAAUGUUUACUUUUGUUUUUGUAAUAAGUUUAUUUAAUCAGCAACAUCACCUAAUAAAUUAGAAAUAUACUCAACUAUACUAUUGUUAUAUUUGUUGUCACUGCCCUGUGACUUUUUAUAUUACCAUUAAAACCUGCAUAUGA